AUGGAAGUUUGUGGCAAACCCAUGGUUACGGUACCCGGCAAUGUCAUUUACCUGUCCACCAUUCUGGGGCGUGAUGGGUCGGUUCCUGUUCACAAAUGUGAUUGGAAGUGUCGGAAUGAGCACAUCUGUGGUAACAUGUACCUCUGCAAGCUAACUGGUCUCACUCACAUCUGUGACAAGAAUUGUAACCAGAGGAUCUUGUACGAUAACCAUACUUCUCUCUGCCGGGCAAGUGGCAAGAUGUUCCCUCUCUCGCCUUCUGAGGAGCAGGCCGUCAGAGGAGUCCGGAGGAAGAUCGAUGCUGAGACCUCUCCUCCAGAUACCUGUGCUUUUAAGCGCAGGAGGGAGGCUUUCCAUCCUUCACCCUUCAAGAGAGCUUUUGCUGCUGCUGUCCCCAGUCCAAUCUGCAGUCAAGUCGGAGAUGGCAUGGAUUUGAGCUAG